GAGGGCGUGUCCCUCUCACCACUUCCGCCCCUCCGCCUUUGUAGGAGACCCCGUGGCCGAGCGUGAUUCUCUUUCUCGCCCGGCAGCGCAAGAUGGCGGACACUAAGGCCAAGAAGGCGCCUGUAAUUAAAAACGUGGUCGGCCUCCCAGGCUUCUACAAGAACUCCCGUGGAGGUGUCAAGUCUUCAAAUCAGGUUCUGGUUAUUGAUGGGAGAGGACAUCUACUUGGCCGUCUUGCUGCUAUUGUUGCUAAACAAGUUCUGCUUGGGCGCAAAGUUGUAGUUGUGAGAUGUGAAGGAAUCAACAUUUCUGGCAACUUCUACAGAAACAAACUUAAAUACCUUUCUUUCCUGCGGAAACGCAUGAACACAAACCCUUCCCGUGGGCCAUACCACUUCAGAGCACCCAGCCGCAUCUUCUGGAGGACUGUCCGAGGAAUGCUUCCACACAAGACUAAGCGAGGACAGGCAGCUUUGGAGAGACUAAAGGUCUUUGAUGGCAUCCCCCCUCCUUAUGACAAGAGGAAGCGUAUGGUGGUUCCAGCUGCCCUGAAAAUUGUGCGCCUGAAGCCAACACGUAAGUACGCCUUCCUUGGCCGCCUUGCCCAUGAAGUUGGCUGGAAGUACCAGGCAGUGACUGCCACUCUGGAAGAAAAGAGGAAGGAGAAGGCCAAGAUGUACUAUGGCAAGAAGAAGCUGGUCAUGAAAUUGAAGAAACAGGCAGAGAAGAACGUCGAAAGCAAAAUUGCAAAAUACACAGAAGUCCUGAAGCAGUAUGGUGUCCUAGUCUAAAUACCCGCACAGUUUCGGAAUAAAGAUUUAAAGAAA